UAAUUGAAGAAAAACUGAGCUGAACUACAAGUCUAUUCCUUAUGGUGCUGGAUUACUCCUACAGAACUGCCCUGAGAUCAACCGCGAGAGAGGGCUCAGACAGACACAAGUCACCUUCUGAUUAUUGCACUUAGCUCUCCCUGGGGACUUAAAUUUUGGAAGUGUUCCUUUUUACAUGAUCUCCUCCAAGAUGAUGAGUUCUAAUCCCGAGAAAGACCCUUUGGACACAUUUCUCCAAUAUAUUGAGGAUUUGGGGAUGAAGGCCUACGAUGGCUUGGUUAUUCAGAACGCAUCAGACAUCGCUCGAGAGAAUGAUCGCUUGAGAAAUGAAACAAACCUGGCCUACUUGAAGGAGAAGAAUGAAAAACGCCGAAGACAAGAAGAAGCAAUAAAACGCAUAGGAGGAGAAGUAGGGCGUGGCCACGAAGGAAGUUACGUGGGCAAACAUUUCCGCAUGGGAUUCAUGACGAUGCCCGCCCCUCAGGACAGGCUUCCCCAUCCUUGCUCCAGCGGCUUCUCCGUCAGGUCACAGUCUCUGCACUCUGUUGGGGGCACAGAUGAUGACAGCAGCUGUGGCUCCCGGAGACAACCACCACCCAAGCCCAAGCGAGACCCUAGCACCAAGCUGAGCACGUCAUCGGAGACGGUCAACAGCACAGCCACCAGUAAGAGCGGGAAAGCCCCCGAGCGGACUGAAGUGUCGACCAAACCGAGACCCCACAGUGAUGAAUAUUCGAAGAAAAUUCCUCCUCCCAAACCAAAACGGAAUCCAAACACUCAGCUCAGCACAUCUUUUGAUGAAACGUACAUCAAGAAGCACGGGCCGCGGAGGACGUCGCUCACGCGCGACUCCUCCCUCUCCCAGGCCAGCAGCCCCGCGGGGGACCCGGAGGAGGAGGAGCCGGUGUACAUCGAGAUGGUGGGGAACAUUCUCAGAGACUUCAGGAAGGAGGACGACGACCAGAGCGAGGCCGUCUACGAGGAAAUGAAAUACCCCAUUUUUGACGACUUGGGCCAAGACUCAAAAUGUGACCUUGACCAUCACAGUUGUUCUUCGCAGUGUGCUACGCCCACGGUGCCUGACUUGGACUUCGCCAAGUCCUCAGUGCCAUGUACUCCAAAGGGUUUGCUUUGUGACAUCCCCCCGCCCUUCCCCAACCUGCUUUCGCAUAGACCCCCACUGCUGGUGUUCCCACCAGCCCCUGUGCAGUGCUCCCCCAAUUCCGACGAGUCUCCACUCACCCCACUGGAGGUCACAAAGCUUCCUGUGUUGGAAAACGUGUCUUACAUGAAACAGCAGGCGGGAGCCUCGCCAUCCUCGCUGCCCUCUCACUCCUCGGGUCAUCCCAAACUGGAGAAAGACCAGAGCGGAGCGCUAGGACCCGCUCCGGCGACGUCUGUGCUCUCCUCGUCCCCUCCCCCGCCUUCCACUCUGUACCGAACGCAGUCCCCGCACGGCUACCCGAAAAGCCACUCGGCCUCCCCGUCGCCGGUCAGCAUGGGGCGGUCCCUGACCCCCCUCAGCCUCAAAAGGCCUCCCCCCUACGACGCUGUGCAUUCGGGCAGCCUCUCAAGGAGCUCUCCAUCAGUGCCUCAUUCGACCACCAGGCCAGUGUCGCAGGAUGGGGGCAAGAUGGUCAAUGCUUCGGUGAACACGUACGGGUCGGCGCCCAGCGGCUCCCGGUCCAGAACGCCCACAAGCCCUUUGGAAGAACUCACCAGCCUCUUUACCUCGGGACGGAGCCUGCUGAGGAAGUCGUCCAGCGGCCGCCGGUCGAAAGAGCCUGCAGAGAAAUCGACAGAGGAGCUGAAAGUACGAAGCCACAGCACGGAACCUCUACCAAAGCUGGACAGCAAGGAGAGAGGACAUCACGGGGCGUCUUCCAGAGAGCCUGUCAAAGCUCAGGAAUGGGAUGGAACACCGGGGCCGCCCGUGGUCACCAGUAGACUAGGAAGAUGCUCUGUGAGCCCCACUUUGUUAGCAGGAAACCACAGCUCAGAACCGAAAGUCAGCUGCAAGCUAGGCCGGUCUGCAUCCACGUCAGGUGUGCCCCCUCCAUCAGUUACUCCUCUCAGGCAAGCCAGUGACCUGCAACAGAGCCAGGUACCACCAUCGUUAGCCAAUCGUGAUUGACUUCCUGUGAUGCAACAUGCCAAACGCUUCCCACCUCUGUCUGUCGUGUGUUGCUGUAGACAAGUUUUGCAUUUGCUUUUACUUUUCUAUGUGUGUAUGGGUCGGGGGAAUGAGUUGUGGCAGUCUGUGUUUUCAUCCAAAAAGGAAAGUCUUUCUUCCCUGUGAUUGGUGAAACUUUCUUUGCUGUUACCAAAUUGUUUGUGUCUCUGGUUUCCAUCCUUCUGUAAUAUAAAUGUAGCAAACCUGUACUGUAUGUAUUGGCUUAGUGAUUGCUUUUUAAAAUUCUUUCUCUCUUCCAUGUUUUGUGUACUUUUAUACUGUCUCUGAAAAUUUAUCAACAUUUGAUAAAUUUAUCUACUUUGUUUUCUGUAGAUUUCCUUUUGAAUGUUUUGUCCACGACACUUGCACAGAUGUCGUCGAUGAAUUUGUACAUAUCUUUUAGCUCUUUUCCUAUUAUACUGUAACAUCCGUGGCCAUUCGACUUUUAUUUUUGUUUAGCUGGGAGCAUGAUUGUAAGACACUGUGGGUAUCGAUGACCUUGUGAAUAUUCAUAUACCAGCUCAUUGGCAUUGAACUUGGCAGCUAGGCUUCUUUCUUAGGCCAUAAAGACAAAUUGACCAACCAGAUCAUCAAGAUAUUUAUCAAAAACUGUAGAUUAAUAAGGCAACCUUGAAAUAAAUGACUUUUCUCUCUUAAACCAACAACAUUAGAAAUGUUCUCAGAAAGAGGAUAUAAGCAUUCAUGCAUGAUAAAUGAGAUCUUUAUUAUCACCUGGAGAAAAGAGACAAAAAAUAAAGGUAUAAGCUAAAAUAUCAUUUACUCCUUCACAGUACAGUAUGUUGCUCUGAUAUUCAUUUGGGUUCAUGGGUAUGUAUGGGGAAUUCAGUAUGAGGAAACAUCACUCCAUAUAAAUGUCUAUCUGUAACUCACCCCAACAGGAAUUCAACACCUUGACUUAGGUUGUGACACUUAAUUGUUAUUACUGUUAAGUAUCAUGGGUGUUAAGUCGGAUAAUAUCAUACUGGAGUGGUUUCUCUCUGCUUCCUAGCUUUAAUCUUUGCAUUUGUAAAACUCUUCUGAAAUAGUAAAUUAGUAAAACUAGUGAUGAUACCUCCAUGGGAACUGUCCAUUACUGAUUAGCAAAUUACAUAUUCAUCAAUUAUUUAAAAUGUCAAGCUAUUUUAAAAACAUAACUCAGCAGAAUAAUUGCAUUUUUUUUUUCUAAUGGGAGAAACAGUGCUUUUUAGUAAUUUGGUCUGGCUUAAAUAUGCACAGUAUUUGAUUUAUGAAUAUGUGUGAUGUCUACAAACACAAGAGAUGAGAGUCUCCUCAAGUUUCAUUUAGAAUUUUUUGUGUCUUAACUUAAUGUUAUAUGACUUCAUAACUAAACGUGCCCGGCUCGAACACUUUUUAGGUAUAAAAGAAGUAGAAACAAUAAGACAAUGAAU